AUGUUUCGUGAGGUGCCUGUAGCAAGCAAAAUCCUUGAAUCCUACUGGAAACUUUCUUCUUCAGGGUUUCGUCCCGUAACUCAAGAGAUGCAAUCAAUUAUUGCGGAAGCAGACAAGCCCAAGAAGGGUGGUAAAAAAGGUGGGAAGAAAGGAGGAAAGAAUCCAAAGGGGAAAGAAGGUCCAUCUGCUCAAACUCAAGCUCCAAAGAAACGAAAAGGUCAUACUGAUGUUCGAAUUGAGGAGGAUAACCAUGUUAGCAAUGAAGAUGUUACACCGAACCCUGAGGUAACUCCAACUUACAAUGAUUUCAUUCCAUCUCCUCCUUAUUCACCCAAAACCACAACCACUACCACACUCAUAAUUGUUUCACUUUUUCCCCCACCAGUCUAUUCUCAAACACCUGGUAGUAUUCCUCUAUCUACACCAUUAUUUUCUGAUUCUACUACUCCACCAACAAUGUAUGUAGAACCUCUUGUUUCAGUCAACGCAUCUGAUGUGGGGGCUAACAUUCUAGGUUUUACAACAACUCUUAUCUCACCACUCAUUUCCCCACUUCACCAAGACGAACUGGAUAUGAUUUAUGGGGAUGGUGAAGACAAAUUCGUAGGAUUUACCUUCAGUCCAUUCAGUAUCAUGACUGAGAGUGAUGACGAAGCUCCAGUCACGAAGGGGCAACUCAAAUCCAUCCAUGAAAAACUUGAUUCAUUACUUCAUGCUUCCAAGCCUUCAUCAACUAAUGAAUAUUUUCAAACAACAAUCAAGUCCCUCCUUAAGACACUCACCAAAGAACAUUCAGCAAAUCUUGAAAAUAUGAAUAAGGCAGUGGAUGCCACUACUACUGUCUGCAACAAUACGACCGAAAGAGUCGAUAAACUAAUUUCUGAUGCCACAGCUUUUAUGAAAAACUUCCAAACAUCUUUUGAAUCCAACACAGCAAAAGCUAAUGAAGCCAUCUAUAAUCUUGGCUCCUCUCUUAAAGCUGAAAGGCCAAAACUUCAAGAAGUUCAAAUUGGCAUUACCGUUGAUCAUGAAGAGUUCAAAUCAUCCCUUUCCUCUUAA